ACCAUUCACUAUGUUUGCUGUUCGAGGACUAGGAAAGCUAAUCUUUGGUGACGAGAAGAAUCCAGAGCUCAUUAGCUUACCUCACGGCGACUUUUAUGUCACGACCGUUGAAGGCAAAAAAUCCACUCGAGAAAAACUAUUCUCUGACAGCCAAAUGGCCCUUCGUCGCACUACUCAAAAGUUCCAGUACCAAAUUGUUGUCACUCGCGCAGUCGACGCAAAGAACCCUCCAGAGGAUGAUCUCGAGGAUGAACAGACUUUUUUGGUCGAUGAAGCGAUUCAGUUCAGGAGAAGAACAGACGGUGAUAUCACUUCGUUUGUUUGGAUCGACGUAUCGGAGUCCAACGAAGUCUUUGAGUUCGUGUGUGACAAAGCAACUCAGAAAUAUGCCCUCGAAACAUUCGAAGCUACUGUGUACGACUGUAUGUAUGAGCGUAAAUCACAAAAAUCACGCGACGAAGCUACCGAGCAAGAUAUUGAAGCCAUCAAAAAAGUUCAGCUAGUUCCAAACGCCUCGGCCGCCGCUCCCAGAGAAAAAUCUGUCGAUGAUUUGACUGGUUUGAUGUCCAACCUCAAGACCCAGGAAGCAAAGGAAAAGGGACCAGCUGGAAAUGAACCCCUCAACAGCUCUUUGCCUACUGGAGACGCCCAACGCAUGAUCCAUACUGUGGCUGAUCUCCAUCUCUUUGACCAAAAAAGCAAUGCCUUUGUUCCAAAGGUCACGAAUACCGAUGUCCGCUUGGUACAAAUUGGUCCUUACAAAUAUUGGCUCUCUGUCUCACAAGGCAGCAAACCCCUCAUUGCACAAUUGGUCGAACCAUCCAUGAACCCCGUUUUCAACAAAGAACACAAGGCUUUCAUCUGGAAUUAUUAUGAAGGCAAUCAUGUCUAUUCAUGGCUGCUUCAAUUCCCUAGCAAGGAGAGCAUUGAGACAUUCAAGGAAAUGUUCGGAAGAUGUAUUUUCGAGGCUCUCAACCAGACCUCAUUUUCCAAGUUUGAGAAAGGAGAUCAGGAUUAUGUUAUCAACGCAUUUGAGGAAGAGAGUGAAAUGGCAGAAGAUGAUCUUUCCGACGAAGAAGAACUAUUCCAUGAUGUUGAAAAUGAUGAUUCAGACGUUGAGAGCAAUGCUGACCACUUUGCCGAUGGAACCGAGAAGAAUAAGCACUUGCAAGUGGGUUACAAGAAUGCUCGUUCCUUCGUCGUUCGUGGUGACAAGAUUGGCGUUUUCCAACAUACCGAUGACGACAAGCUCAAAUUCUACACCACCAUCAACAAUGUUCGCGACUUGCAGGGAAAGCCAUUGAACCCUAAGCAGGCCAUGUUGCAUCAAGAAGACUCUUCCAUGAUUCUUUUGGACCCCAAGGACAACCAUCGUGCAUACAAGAUGGAUUUGGAGCGCGGUGCUGUUGUGGAAGAGUGGAAGGCGCACGACGAUGUAGCAUUGAACUAUAUCACGCCAGAAGCCAAAUAUGCUCAAAUGACCAAUACCCAGACGCUUGUUGGUAUCUCGCCAAACGCUUUGUAUCGUAUUGAUCCUCGUCUGGCUGGAAACAAACUUGUGGAUUCUCAAUUCAAGCAAUACGUAUCCAAGAAUGACUUCUCCGUCGUCUCCACUACCGAGAAGGGCUAUGUUGCUGUUGCUUCUAACAAGGGAGACAUCCGUUUGUUCAACGAAAUUGGCAAGAACGCUAAGUCGGUGUUGCCUGCAUUGGGUGACCCUAUCUAUGGUUUGGACCUUACUGGCAAUGGUAGAUUCAUCAUUGCUACUUGCAAGACCUAUCUUUUGUUCAUUGAUGUCGAAAACAAGACCGAUCCCAAGAGACGCCUUGGUUAUGAGCAUUAUUUCCCCAAGGAUGACAAGCCUAUUCCUCGCAGACUGCAAUUGAAGCCUGAACAUGUUGCUUACAUGCAAGAGCCCAUCAACUUUACUCCAGCUCGCUUCAACUCUGGUCCCAAUGAAGAGACCACCAUUGUCGCGUCCACCGGUCCCUAUGUUGUUAGCUGGACAUUGAAGAAGAUUAGACUUGGAAAGAUUUACGAUUAUACGAUCAAGAAGUACGACGAUGUGGUCGUUUCCGAUAACUUUGUCUACGGUAACGAUAACAACAUUGUUGUUGCUCUCCCGAACGAUGUCACUACCUUGUCCAAGAAACAGCUCGGUACCCCAAGAAACAUCUUGACCACGCCUUCCCAGAACUUGCGCUCGCGUUCUAACAUCGUCAAUGCCCCUUACUAAGAGAUGCAUAAUAAGAACUAAAUCCCUUUCUCCAUCUGACAUUCCCUCAGACCCUUUUCUGGUUGACGUUUUCUUUUCUAUUUCCUACCAUACGACAGCUUUCUUAUCAUCUUUUUUUCUUUCCGAUCCAAUACUCUAGUUUCCUCCUCCCACUUUUGUCCAAUAUAAUAUAAUAAAUAAAAAUCCCACUCCCAAUUGAUUGUAGUAGCAAAACGUAAAGCAGGUCGUUUUU